UGUUCCGUGGAAACAUACCUGAUGAUACCUAGAACAGUUUUUAGGGAUAAGCAAUCGUCAUGCCCCUAGAUGCUAUGUCGGUGUUCAGUUUCGUCGGAAAUUGACAAAUGGGCAAAACAACCCUGCCGCGAACUUGGUGCAUCUUUAUGGGCGUUUGCUGGUCCGCUUAUUUCCCACGCUGCCUUGAUCCCGCGUUCACUGAGUCUGAGUCUUUGUUCGCCGAGCUCGAGCAUUAGAACAGUUUUGGAAAUAUGACAGUAAGAGCACCAUUGUCGUCUAUGUCUGAUUGAUUACAAUGCUUGUUCCAGGACCUAACAUUUUGUUAUUUGCAUAUGACCGACCACGAAUUGGAAGUCAUUGAUACCAUAGGCACUUCCGAAUAUCUAGACUUCCAAAUGAAUGUGGAGAAUGCGGUCGAUAUACCUCUCCACAUGCGACCGCCCAAUCCAGAAGAGACCGAAGUGUUACCUUCACGAAUGCACCCCUCAUAUCCAUAUGGAAACCCAUUUAGCCCAAAACACCCCGCGUCAAAGCCAAGGAUACCAUACGAUCCGGCUUCUCGGGCAUUAUUUGAAGACAUGGGCUUUGCUGGUGGCGGAGUCAAUGGCUCAAUGAGAUGGAAGGAAUUAGCUUUGGAUCUGCUCCUUCCCGUUGAUAAAGAGAGAGAAGAAGCUGAAAAGGCAGCCCAGGCUCGUAAAAUGGCCAGUGGCACUGCUGCGAAUCACGCCCCUGCCGCCGUACCCCAGGAGCCACAACCGCCACCACCACCACCGGAACCUACUGACGAUGAAGAGGUCGACGAUGAUACAGAAGACAAUGACAACGGAGAUACAACUUCCGAAGAGGACGAAGAGGAUUAAAUGUCCAUAUCAUUACACUUCAUACACACUAUUAUCGUUGUUGCAUAGUAACACGCAGCGAACAAUCUAUCAUCACAGCUGAGCGCUGAUAGCAGCUACCAAUGACUCGCUUACAUCCUCUUGCAAUAAAUCUUUGACGUCGCCUUCCUGUUCCACAGCCCACUCAUAUGCGUUCAACAGUAUACUAUCA